CGGGGGCGGGGCCUGGGACGCACGCACCGCCUCCCCCACGCGGGCAGCCGGCCCGCGAGCAGCCAGCUCGUUGCCGGGGCAACCGGCGUGCCGCGUCUUCCUGAGGGAGCUCUUGUCAGCCCGCAGAUCCCAUCACCCGCUCCCACUGCCCCACAGUUUUCGCGUGGGCUUGGAGAGUGAGGGACAACAAAAAAUGGCGGAGCGGAGCCAGACGGCGCCUGAGGCAGGUAACAAUAUGGGAAAUGAUGAUGUUAUUGGAGGAAAUGUCAACAAAUAUACGGUGCUUCCAGCUGGAUACUGUGGACAGCCCAAGAAAGGACAUCUUAUUUUUGAUGCUUGCUUUGAAAGUGGUAACCUUGGACGGGUGGACCAGGUCUCUGAGUUUGAGUAUGAUCUGUACAUUAGGCCGGAUACCUGUAAUCCACGUUUCCGAGUUUGGUUCAACUUUACUGUUGAAAAUGUAAAAGAAUCACAGAGAGUCAUUUUCAACAUUGUUAACUUCAGUAAAACCAAGAGUCUUUACAGAGAUGGGAUGGCUCCUAUGGUGAAAUCUACUAGCAGACCAAAAUGGCAAAGGCUGCCACCUAAAAAUGUUUACUACUAUCGAUGCCCAGACCAUAGGAAGAAUUAUGUGAUGUCCUUUGCAUUCUGUUUUGACCAAGAAGAAGAUAUUUACCAGUUUGCUUACUGCUACCCAUACACAUACACUCGCUUCCAGCAUUACCUUGACAGCCUGCAAAAGAGAAACAUGGAUUACUUCUUUCGGGAGCAGCUGGGCCAGAGUGUGCAACAACGGCAGCUUGACCUUCUGACGAUAACCAGCCCUGAAAAUCUCCGGGAAGGGGCAGAACAGAAGGUGAUAUUCAUCACAGGCCGAGUGCACCCGGGGGAAACACCCUCUUCAUUUGUGUGCCAAGGAAUCAUUGACUUCCUUGUAAGCCACCACCCUAUCGCCUGUAUCCUACGAGAACACCUGGUCUUCAAGAUUGCACCGAUGCUCAACCCUGAUGGCGUCUACCUGGGCAAUUACAGGUGUUCUCUGAUGGGAUUUGACCUGAAUCGUCACUGGCUGGAUCCCUCUCCAUGGGCCCACCCUACUCUACAUGGGGUGAAACAGCUCAUCAUCCAGAUGUACAAUGACCCAAAAACAAGCCUGGAGUUCUACAUUGACAUCCACGCCCACUCCACCAUGAUGAAUGGCUUCAUGUAUGGCAAUAUCUUUGAGGAUGAGGAACGGUUCCAAAGGCAGGCCAUUUUCCCCAAGCUCCUCUGCCAGAAUGCUGAGGACUUCUCCUACUCUAGCACAUCCUUCAACCGGGAUGCUGUUAAAGCAGGAACUGGGCGUCGCUUCCUUGGUGGACUCCUGGACCACACUUCCUAUUGUUAUACCCUAGAGGUCUCCUUCUACAGCUACAUCAUCGGGGGCACCACAGCUGCUGUGCCCUACACUGAAGAAGCCUACAUGAAGCUGGGGCGAAACGUGGCAAGAACGUUCCUAGAUUAUUACCGGCUGAACCUCCCGUUGGAGAAGGUGGCAUUUCCCAUACCAAAACUACGGAAAGAAAAAACCCCUCCCUACAAGCACCCACUUCUACGGGGCCCAGCCAGCAACCACCCCAACGGCAAAGGGGACAAGAAGAGCUCAGUGAACCACAAAGACCCUUCAAACCCUUUUUAAAGAUGUGGAGUCCAGGGAGUCUUUGUGGAGGCAGGAACAUGCAUUUCCUGCUGGGACAUGAAAUUAAUCACCCUUGUCUGGUUUCCAAGACAAGGAUUUGAAGGAUAAUGCAUUGGCUAGUGAAAGGGAAGGGGGAGAGAGAAGAAAGAGAGAAAUUUCAUCAUUGAUUUUCCUAUGGAAAAUCAAUUGUGAGCCUUCGGCUCAAGGCUGAACACAGUAAGAGACAGGAACCAAGUGAAGGCAGCACUAUUUUCCACAACAUAGAGAUCCACACACAUCCCCUUUAAGAGGUUUGACACAUCUCAGGUCAUUUCUUUGGACGACCCUUUACCUUUUAAAGUCAUAUUGUUACUGCAGAUGGUUCCCGUUUAAAAUAGGUCACAGUUGUGUGUAGCUCUAGAAAAUACAAUAUCCAUAUUUUCUGAUCCGAAACAAUAGCAACAACACAUACAACCCCACAGGCAAAUGUACUAUGGGGACCAAUGUGACAGAAGUUUUGAAAUCACAGUGGUCUCUGUGUCUAUAAGCAGCAUGUUUCCUGAUUCCCCCACGCCCCAGCAUGCAACUUCAGAAAACUGUUCUGGGAGCUAUUUCUCAAUUUCUGGGGUAGUUUAAUGAAACCUUGAGCUGCAAAGACAAAAGGUAUUGGUCAUUCUUUCCCAAACAUCUGUAUGGUUAAGGCAUCCGAGUCCUUGGUACAGGUUUCAAGCCUGACCCCUGAAGAGGUGCCUCACUGAUAAUCUACUAGGAAGGAAGAGUGAUUGCCAGGUAAGGGAGAUGCAAACAAAGGAACGUACCCUUAGGCAGAUAGAAAAGCUAAAAAAAAAAAAAACAACAGCAGUAGCAAUUCCCAGGGUAGGGCAAGCUAAAUAUUGUGCAUUUUUUUCUGAAGAGUAAAGUGCCUUUGUAUGAUGAAUGGGUCCAGGGGAGUCCGCUCUCUUCCUGUCUGUGGAAGCAGCAGGCUGAGUCACUAUGACAGCUUGCUAAUUAAAAUGACCUCCUGGAAAUGAGGAUUAGGAGAUAGGGAGAGGAAGGAAGGCUCCAGGGAGAUAGGGCCUUUAGUACAAAGCUCCAGUUAAGCAUUCUUUUGGCUCGCGUUGGAGAUUUUUGAAGUUCAUUGCAAAAAUCAAGAGCAAAGCUUGUACUUCUUUUACAUGCUGGUUUUCAGAAACGAUAACAAAAAACCAUAUGUUAGUUGGCUACGAAUGAUGUGUUGUAUAUACAGCUUCUCCCCUGGGCUUUUGUUGCCAGGGAACAUAAAUAAAGUGGUUUGUGCA